UGUAAAGUUUUUGACUGUUUGGAAACAAAUACACUCAUUAGGUUGACUAAAUAAACACGUCACACAUUUAAAGAAAAAACAACGGUCACGUAUAUUCGGGUUGUUUUUGUGACAAACGCUUCGACCUGACGUUUCAUCUAUCUUCAACAACUACCGGUUGCCCUCUUGGAAUUUUACACUGACACAUCAAUAUCAGGAAAUUACGUCAAGCGUUGUGUGUGUCGUUUGUUAGGAAGACGGUCGACUGACUGGUGGCAGUCAAUAACAACUUCUGAACAGGUCGGAGUAUUACAUCAACCUCAAGUCAGAAGACUUGACAAUUGAAAAAUGUCAUUAUUUGAAGACCUAUCGGCAUCUGGCAACACCACUGAGACAUCAAACUUUGCACAUGUGAUCUUUCAAAAUGUGGCAAAAAGCUACCUUCCACAUGCUGCUCUGGAGUGUCAUUACACUCUGACCCCGUACAUCAGGCCUCAUCCGAAAGACUGGGUUGGCAUUUUUAAGGUUGGCUGGAGCACAGCUCGGGAUUACUAUACUUUUCUGUGGUCACCUCUUUCAGAAAAGUAUGUAGAAGGAACAUCAGUUAACUGCGUGGUGGUAUUUCAAGGUUACUAUGUUCCAAACGAUGUUGCAGAGUUCUAUCAGUUCUGCUAUGUCACACACAAAGGUGAAAUUCGAGGAGCAAGUACGCCAUUCCAGUUCCGAGCUACCUCCCCUACAGAUGACCUGCUGACCAUGGAAGAUGAAAGCAAUUCUGAUAUACUGGUUGUGACCACCAAGGCUGGCAUGCUUGAGUAUAAAAUUGAAGAAGCUUUAAAAGAAAAAGAAGAGCUAAUGAAGGUGAUGUUCAUGCUGCAAAAAGAAAAAGAUCAGCUUGCAGAACAAGCUGAGAAGCUGGGGAAUGCAGUAGAUCAGGAAAAGGAGAUGUGUGCACAGGUCAAGAAGGACUACCGGGAUAUUCUCAAUGAAUCACAAACCUUUAAGGAUGAGAACGAAGAAAUUAAGAAAAAGUAUGAGAAUGCCACUUCUCGAAUUCUAGAGUUGGAAAAUGACCUAAUUGGGGUGUCCCAGAAAGCCAUUGAGAAGGAGACUGAAUUAGACAGCAUUCGAGGCAGACUGAAGAAACUAAGUCUUGAGAAAGAACUGUUGGAAUCUCAAUUAAAAAAUGAGAAGGAUGAGAAAGAGUUGUAUAAGAUUCAACUGAAGAAUACAGAGCUGGAGAACACAAAGCUAACUGCAGAGGUACAAACAUUAAAAUCAGUUGCUGUAAACAAAGAAAACAUGCUCACCCAGCUGAGAGACGAGUCAGGCAUGCUGAAGAUGUGCAUAGCAGAAAAGGAGAAGGCACAAAAAGAAAUGUUGACUGCGUCCUCCACCAAGGCUGAGACUGGAUUUUUGAGAGAACAGCUUCGAAAGAGUGAGGAUCAACUUCAGGCCACAAGGCAGGAAGUGUCCAUGUUGGCAGCAGAGCUGAGAGAUGUUUCCAGUGCUCGGGAUAGGACCAUGUCUGACCUGUACACUGCACGCCUGGAGAUAGAUUCUUUGAAGAGUCGUCUUGUUGAUGCUGAAGCAGAGUGUAAGGCUAAGGAAGGAAUGUUGCAAAACACAAAAGCUAUAGCUGAAAAAAAUGAAAAGGAAGGUCCAGUUAAAAACAGCAUAGUGGAACAGGAGCUCCGUAGAGAAGUUGAAGAUUUAAAACUUCGACUUCAGAUGGCAGCAGAACAUUAUAAAGAGAAGUACAAGGAAUGUCAGAAACUUCAGAAGCAAGCAGUGAAGCUCACUGAUCAAGCGGAGUCAAAGAAAACUACAGUUGCAUUUAGCUUUCAACCAACAGAAACAGCAGCAAAUCUGGAUACUGCUGGAGCAGUGACCAUCCCCCCAGUUAGCCCAGCUUCAUCUGAUACUGUGCUUGACCUGCUCGCUCAAGAAAAAAUACAAGUAAUGAAUAAAGAAAUGUCUGAAAGAAACAAAAAAUGGAAACAGAUGCUGACUGAGGAGAAAGAAAAGAGCAGUAGGUAUGCAGAUGAGUUGGCCAAAGUAGAGCUGAAGUUGAAGGAACAGUUCAAAAUAAACGAGAGCUUGAAACUGCAGUUAGCUGCAGAGGAAGAUCGCUCUAAGGAGCUACAGGAAAAAAUAGAAAACCAACUGGAAAGAGUAACUGAGGGGCAGAGUACCCAGGGUGCAGUGCAGGUUGGCGUGACUCGACCAGUGCUCCAGCAGUACCCGAUUUCAUAUUCACCAGAAAACCUGCCAGCCACUCUGGUAGCAGUGAGACCCCCGGAACUGCACUACAGAAAUUCCUAUUCCACUCAGCACAAGAGAGGUGGAGCAGACGGUACAUUUUCUCCAGACCAGGUCCACAGACCUCCCAUAGGAACCCCCUCUUGGGACAGCAACGUGGUUUGCAUUCAGCCAGCACGCAACCUAAACAGGCCUGAUGGACUUGAAGACUCUGAAGAGCUUAGCAAUGGUGAGGAUGAUGCUGAGACUGUGCAGUCAGCACCCAGUGACACACGGCAUACCCUGCUUCAGGAUCAUAGGACUCACUUCUGCUUUGAUUCAAGCAUUGAUGUUUGUAAGAAGUGCCCACUGUGUGAGGUCAUCUUUCCUCCUAAUUAUGACCAGAGCAAGUUUGAAGAGCAUGUUGAAAGCCAUUGGAAAGUGUGCCCCAUAUGCAAUGAGCAGUUUCCGCUAGACUUUGACCAGAGCGUUUUUGAGAAACAUGUGCAGACCCACUUUGAUGGAAAUGUGUUGAACUUUGAUUAAAUAGGAGAAUAGUUUAGUGUUUUUGCUAAAUUAGGUAGGAGGAGAAGAUGCUGUACUUUGCACAUCUGCAGUAUGCUUUACACUGUAAACAUAGUAAAACUACCAUGAGUGUAAUCUCAUGAGGUAGAAAAGAGUAAGUUGCAUAUGCUAUUAAAUACUUUUUCCCCAUCAAGCUUUGAACUUAAACAAUAAACGCAUGUAAGAUAUUACUUAACCAGGCUGAAUAUUUAGGGAAAAGAAUAAGAUGUUAUAAUGAGAGUAGUGUAUAGGUAUUUGGGAUAAACUACAUGACAGAGUAAAAGGUAAUAUUUACAGUACUUUAAUAUAAGCAAUGAACACUGCUGUUAAAUUAAUAUACAUGGCUAUACUGAGUAAGAUCAAGUAUAUUCAAAUUAUUUUGGAGGAAAAUAUUGAGACAUUCUUUAGGAUACUACUUAAUGAAGAUGUCAUCGGCUUUUCUUGAUGUAAUAAUCGAAAUAUCUACAUUGUCCUGAAUUAAAGCUUUUAUUUUAAAUGUAUUAUUUUGUCAAUGUUUUCUAUCCACUUAGUGUUGCUUUGAUCAUUUUUAAAAGUUGUAUGUUUAAACUGUUUGUAAUAACUGAAAUGUACAAAGCAGAAUUGUUGCAUUUAUUUUUUUUCCUUCUUAAUGGUAUAGGGCAGGGAUCUCCAACCCUGGUCCUGGAGAACCCCAAUCCUGCAGGUUUUCUAGGCGUCUUUACAUCAUCAGUUGCUAAAGAUCUGGAACACAUGUUAAUCUUGACUAAUUAAGCCAAUAAUUGGUGCAAUUAAGUAACUGAGAGCUCUGUUGAAACAAAAACCAGCAGCUCUCCAGGACCAGGGUUGGAGACCCCUGUUAUAGGGUGUACUGCAUUUGUUCUCCAUGUAAUAUCUGUUUACAAAAUAAAUUUAGCUUCUUCCCUUC